UUCAAGUUCAAUUGCAAGAAAGAAGUAACAUGGCUCGAUUCCCCGAUCUCCCUUACAAACCUCUAACCCACCCCUCCUCCCAUCCGGUCUUCAAAUACAACGGCUUCCACCCAAACAAAACUCACAUCCUACCAAAAGGCCAUGUCCGCGAGUCUGGCUACCAAGCCUCCCCCGUAGACGUGAUCUGGGAGCAAGACACCUCCAUUAGAAUGCGCGACGACGUCAAGCUCUACGCAGAUAUCUUCAGGCCCGCAACCACGAAUGGCGCCGAAAAAGUCCCUGCAAUCAUCCCUUGGAGUCCAUAUGGCAAGGUCGGGACUGGAUCCCAGACAUAUGAUAACAUGGGACCGUGGAGGAUGGGGAUUCCGUUUCAGGUGUUGAGUGGGUAUGAGACGUUUGAGGGACCGAAUCCGCUUGAAUGGUGUGGACGGGGUUAUGCGGUUGUUGAUGCUGAUGCCAGGGGAGCGGGGAAUUCAGAGGGUGAUAUGGCUUUUUGGGGAGAGCAGGAGGCCAUUGAUAUCUACGACACCAUUACCUGGAUUGCCGCACAACCCUGGUGUAAUGGCUCCAUUGUUAUGAUGGGCAACUCGUGGCUCGCAAUCUCCCAAAUCAACUUUGCCUCGCGCUUCACCCAUCCCAACCUUAAAGCCAUCGCCCCCUGGGAAGCCCUAACCGAUCCCUACGAUCACAGCCUGUGUCGUGGUGGUGUUCCAUCGGCGCAUUUCUUCCAGAUGAUUCUGGGUGGCUUUGCUGGAAGUGGCAGGGCAGAAGAUUUGGGAAGUAUGAUUAGCAAGAGGCCUCUGUUUGAUGAGUUCUGGGAGAGUAAGAGAAUUUUUCCGGAGAGGAUUCGAAAUGUGCCAAUGUAUUUGACGGCUUCGUAUUCAACUGGACUGCAUUGCGAAGGAUCAUUUGAGACGUUUCAACGUGCGCGGACUCCAAAGUGGCUAAGGGUGCAUAACACACAGGAAUGGCGCGAUAUUUACAAACCGGAGGUCCUCGACGAUUUGCAACGGUUUUACGACUUCUACGCCAAGGGCAUCCAAAACGGCUGGGAGACUGAUACUCCGCGCGUCCGGCUGAGCCUUCUAGGCUAUGAGAAUAGCCCUGCAAAAACUGUAGUUGAGAGACCGGAAGAGGAAUGGCCACCGGCUCGUCAAAUGACAAGAAAAUACUAUCUAGACGCAUCCACUCGCUCGAUGAGCACCUCAAACCCCGAGAGAGUCUCCAGCAUCAGCCACGAAGGCCACUCCCUAACCGCCUCUUCUGACUUCACUUUCUACUUCUCCGAGUAUACCGAACUCUGCGGCCGUCCCUACGCCAAACUCUAUAUGUCCUGCCCAGACAAUAAAGACUUCGACAUCUCCAUCCAACUCCGCAAACUAUCCUCGACCGGCGAACCCCUCGAAUCGCUCAACUGGACCCCCAUGCCAAAGCCCGCUCCCGAAGUCCCCAACGUAAAUGUUGCAAAGCAUCUCGGACAACAAGGUAUGCUCCGCGCCUCCCACCACGUCAGUCUCCUGCCACCAGAAGAUGGAGAUGAGGAUGGAUUCCCACACUACGACCACAAAUCCAGACAGGAUAUUGUUCCCGGUGAUAUCGUUCCAUUUUUGGUCCCAAUUUGGCCAGUUGGUAUGGUUUUCGAAGCUGGGGAGGGAUUGAUGUUGCGGGUUUCGGGACAUGAUAUGAUACUGCCGGAGGUGGAGAUUAUGAGGUUGAGGGAGCCGGUGGAUGAGAAUGUGGGAAUGCAGGUUGUGCAUACGGGUGGGGAGUAUGCAAGUUUCUUGGUACUUCCUGUUAUUUGAUUUGUAUACUAGUUGUACAUACUGUAUGGGAAAUUCUGCAUGAGAACUGACUCCUGUAGGAGCCUCACUACACUGGUUCUACUUGACACCACCUGACUUCAAUCCAGAUUACAAGCGACU